CUAACUCCCCUUGAACAAUAAGUUCAGGUUUUCCGCCGCAAAUAUACCGCACCCACAAUCCCUCCCAGCACUGUCCUUGAAGUUCAUAGCCAUGGUAUGUUCUUGAAGCUUCAUUUUUUUUCUUCAUUUGUUUUUGUUGUGGGGAUUCGCCAUCACGAAAGAUAAUGGGGUGAACUUCAUCCGCCACCAGAAUGCAAAUUCGAUGUGUUUAUCCGCGCUUUGUGACUCUUAGAUACACUUAUCAUUUAUUGUUGCUCUAAGAUUUCCAAUGAAGGAGUAUAAUGCAUGAAUUGGAGUUUUUUACUUGCUAGAAGCAGAUCGGAAUGCUCUGUGUCAGAUCGGAAUUAAACGUCAUGAACUUUUGUUUCAUUGUGGGACUCAGUUUGGGAGGAUUAGAUGAAUUGCAUGUGAUUGACGAUGGGUUUAGUGAUAUUGAAGACACGAUCAAGGGUGACAAGGUAGAUGAGUUUGUGCAACGGGUUGAUUUUCAAUUAUCAGAGGCAAAUCCCUGUGCAAUAGACGGUGAGCUUGACCUAGCCCAAGUUAUCAAGUGUAUUAUUUCCCAUGACGCAGUGAGAUGCGCCACCGCAUUGUUCCAAGGGAAGACCAAACUAGUAAAGGAUGCUAAUGUAGUAACUAAGAAUGGAUAUUACCCGUUGCAUUAUGCGGCUAAAAGUUUAUCACCUAGCAUAAUAGAGCACUUUUUGGAGCUUGGAGCAAGACCUGAUGUGUUAUGUCUUGAUUAUGGGGGUAAGGAUGUUGGACUCACCCCACUAGUAAUGGCUCUCAAAACGGCAAUCUGCAACAAUAAAGCCGUCCUGGAUUGGUCUCCAUCUGAGUGCAUCUUUAAGUUGAUCUUUUUACUCUGUCUCCCAGAACUGGUACACGCUUUAUCUAUCCUUUUGAUUUAAUUCAGUCAUAUAGCUGUCAUUUCUGCUUUCAUUACCUAUUCUUUGAUUGGAGCAUUUUUUGUUUACACUCUUUUGAAAUUUCUCUCUGAUUUUACUUGAACAAGACAUUGCAACUUUUGGACACAAUAGACACUGAAGAAAAAUGACUCUUUCAAUAAGUUAGGGGUUAGAUAUGCCACCCGUGAAUAAACAGGGGCCAUUGUG